GUUUAUAGUAAAGCAAAACCAGCUGUUAUAUAUUUAAGUCCUGCAUUGGCAACAUGUCAAUGAUACCAUUCUUUCCAUCCUUACGGCCACAAAUUGCUAAUCGCAUUUGGUUCGAAAUUAACACACCACCCAACGAAGAUGAUGUUUUACGCUAUGAACGUGAACAUGAUAAUUGGAAAGACUCUAUUAAAAAUGCAGCAAGUGAUAUCCCACCCUUGGGGAAAGUACUAACAAGAGCUGGACCCGAAACUGACGACGAAGAUGCAAAUGAUGAUAGUGACGAUUCAGAUACUCACGACGAUGAUGAUGAUACAAAUGACAGGGCUAUUCCUGGACAACCAGAGCAUUCAGCGCUCUAUUCGCCUGGCGAUGAUAUGAAUCCCAUAAAUGAGGAUGCACCAGCAACCGCUGAUACAUUAUAAAAUAUUCUCCACUUUUAUCCAUUUUUCAUUUGAUGUAACUUAUGAGAAAUAUAACAUUCACUGUUUAUUAUUAUUA